CUUUAUGAGAUGACUGAGACUUAUGCAUGUCUUCAGCUGCUGAUAUCUAAGCUGGAGAAGAACAAGUCCAUGAAGACGGAGGAUAAGGCUCAGAUCAUGCUGACCCUCACCACCCUCACCAACAGCAUCACCAGACUACAGGAGCAGAUGAAAGGACUGUCCAGUGCUAAUGCCCUCAGGACCACACUCAAGAGCAAAGCUCAGGCUCAAAAGGAGCUCCUGGACACCGAGUUGGACCUUUAUAAGAAAAUGCAAGCAGGAGAGGACACUGCUGAACUCAAGAUCAAAUAUACUCAGCUGCAGUUAGAGGCUGCCAAAAGGGGGCUUCUGACCCCAGGACGUGGGAGGGGGGCCCACGGCAGGGGUCGGGGGGCCCUGAGGAGCCGAGGCCGAGGGAUUCGAGGACGCGGGAGAGGAGUCCCAACUCACGCUGUGGUGGAUCAUCGACCCAGAGCUUUACAGAUCAGCGGUUUCACUGAGGCAGAU